GGUGAUGUACUGUAAUUGAAUACCACCUUUACAUAAGUAAUAGUAAUACAAACUAGUAAUACAAAUACCAGUCUGCUGCAGUAACAAGCCAACAUCACCACAAAGCCCGUAUUACAUACCCUAGUACGUCCAAACUAUACCACGCCUUCUGAUUCAUGAUUGUUCGAUAUUGUCCGGCUGGUCUCUUCGGGGAUUUAUAGGGUUUCAGUCUUUCAGAAGAUAACUGAAAUCAUCACUUACAAGGUUUUGGCAAUGACUUCAUCUCCUCCUUCCGAAUCCAAACGUCGUCGUAAGGAUGACCAGAUCGAAGAUAUUCCGAAUGAAUCUUCUCAUCCGCAGAAAUACCCUCUCGUCGUUUUUGCUCAUGGUGCUGGAGCUAAUUCUUCGUCGGAAUGGAUGAAACGAUGGAAAGAUAUGAUGGGAAAGGCUUUGCUUGCUGUUGAUGUAGUUACAUUCGAUUACCCCUGUAAUAUAGCUGAGAUUUACGUAAAUGAACACCUGGCAGAUUUAUCUGGUGGAAAAAAAGGUGCUCCUCCUAAGGCAGAGAAACUAGUAGAUUACCACUUGGGGAUUGUGAAAGAGGCUGCUGCCAAGUAUCCUGGUCAUCCAUUGAUAUUGGCAGGAAAGUCCAUGGGUUCAAGAGUUAGUUGCAUGGUUGCAGCCAAAGGAGACAUCAACAUCUCUGCAGUAAUUUGCUUGGGAUACCCACUAAAGGGUUCAAAUGCAUCGAAAAGAGAAGAAACCUUGUUGCAGCUUCCAGUUCCAGCUAUUUUUGUACAGGGUAGCAAAGAUGCACUCUGCUCUCUUGAUAAGCUGACAGCAGUUUGCAGUAAGAUGGAAACUGUCAGUGAGGUACAUGUAGUUGAAGGUGGGGAUCAUUCAUUCAAGAUUGGUAAGAAGCAUCUAAAUCUAAUCGGAUCAACCCAAGAAGCAGCCGAAGAGGAAGCUGUAAAAUCCAUAACGAAGUUUGUCAGGAAGGUACUUGGGGAGCUUUGAUAUCUUUCAAGUGCUCUUCAAACUGUUCUUACUACCAUCAAAGAGUAUGCAGCCUUUCCUUUGCAUAUGAGUGUAGUCCUCUUUUUGGGUGGUUCAGAAUCCUCGUUGCUAAUUGAAAAUGCUCAGUAACAUCAUAUGGUCACAUAGCCAUUACUUGCUCUUUUUUGCUUGUUUAAUCCUCUUUAGGAUUGUAAAUAUGAGUGCGGUACUAUUUUAGUAGUUGUAAGAUAAGGAAACUCAUGUACAUAUUCGUGUUUGUGUAAGUGAUGCAUGUAGGUUUAAGUUAAUACAGCUGGUUAAGGAAACUCGCUAGUUAGUUAAUACAUCUUCAUUACUUCAA